CGGAAGUGGGCGGAGCUACUGUCCCGUAGAGGCCGCGGCCGGGAGAGGCUAAUGUGGCCGCCAUGGAAGACAAGACAGUGGGUACGGACAUGGUGAAAAUUGAACCUCCUGAUGUCGUGCCAGAUCAGGAGGAGCUGCAGGAACCACUGAAAUGUGAACCCCAGAUAGAUUCCUCUGGUGUUGUACUUGCUGGAUCCAUGGACUGCUUGGUGGAUUACAAUCUAGGGACUCAGCUCACAGUGGAGCAGGAGAUACAGAUCGGUGAUGGCCCACCCCCAUGUUUGGAUUAUAACAUGAGCUUCCUUCCCAGAAAGGCAGCCAAGCCAAAACAGCAGAAACUGGCUGGAGAAAGGCAUUUCAGCUGCAGACAUUGCGGCAAAAGCUUCCUACGCAGCACUGAUCUGGCGAAGCAUGAGAAAUCCCACACGGAGGAGAGGACCUACGCAUGCAAUGUCUGCGGGAAGAACUUCCGUAGACACACAUCCCUGCUGAUACAUGCGCGCAUCCAUACCGGGGAACGUCCAUACCAGUGUACGGAGUGUGGAAAGAGCUUUGUCCAGAGGCAGCACCUCACCACCCACCAGCGCACUCACACCGGUGAGAAGCCCUUUCAGUGCAUUGAGUGUGGCAAGGGAUUCCGGUGGCGGUCAGAGCUGCUGAAACACCAGAAGGUCCACACAGACAAGCCUUCGGUGGUAUUUGAUGAUCUGGCCUCAUCGUUCUCCAAGGAAGAGUGGAUGGAGUUGGAGGAGUGGCAGAAGGAACUCUACCGCAACGUCAUGAAAGAAACCUCCGAGACGUUAAUAUCUCUUGGAGAAGGUCUGGUGGAGAAAGCCAUUGGUGAGAAGAACGUGGGUGGCCUAGACUCCUCUGCUGGUUUAGCAGCUGACUGUACCGGUAAUUUACCCCUUUGUCCCGAGGAGGCUGUAGCACGCAGUAACCAGCUGGGUGGGGGGCAAAGCCAACAUGGACAUGCUUUGGACAUUGCUGAAGGGAAAGCUGCAGCCUUCUCAGAAGGUGUAGACAAAAUUCGGAUAAAAUUUCUAGAUCGCUCAUGUGUUUCCAAGGUUGACAGGGCUCACGCUUGUGCAGAGUGUGGCAAAGUCUUCUACAACAAGAGGACAUUGAAGGCCCACCUCAGGGCUCAUCUUGGGGAGAGGUCGUACAUCUGCAAUGUCUGCGGGAAGUGUUUUCGAAGACACACUUCAUUGCUCAUCCAUGAGCGUAUACAUACCGGGGAACGGCCAUACCAAUGUACCCAGUGCGGCAAGAGCUUCGUCCAACGUCAGCAUCUCAACACCCACCAGCGCACUCACACCGGCGAGAAGCCCUUUCAGUGCCUGGAGUGUGGUAAGGGAUUCCGGUGGAGGUCAGAGCUGCUGAAACACCAGAAGGUUCAUGAGCAGGAGGUGGCAGAGAAUUCCAUAAAGGAGGAGAGCGAAAACUAUGACGGCUGUGAGAAUGGCGAGGACUCUGAGAUUUCAGGAGGAGCAGAUUCGAAAACGCAGGGUAAAAUUCCACAGAACAAAAGUCGCGCCUUAGGAAAACGUCCGCGUACAGUUAGUCGUCUUCGCAAUCCCAAAGGUGAUAAAGCCCAUGCUUGUGCCGAGUGUGGUAAAAUCUUUUACAACAAGCGGACACUGAAGGCCCAUCUAAAGGGGCACCUCGGCGAGAGGUCCUACAUCUGCAACGUCUGCGGGAAAUGUUUCCGAAGACACACUGCUCUGCUGAUCCACGAACGGAUUCACACCGGCGAGCGGCCGUACAAGUGCAUGCAGUGUGGUAAGAGCUUCGUCCAGCAGCAACAUCUCACCACCCACAAGAGGACGCACACCGGUGAAAAACCAUUUCCCUGCAGUAUCUGUGGCAACAGCUACCGCUGGAGAUCUGAGCUGGCCAAGCACCAAAAGGUUCAUGAAGAAGAGAAUACGGCAAAUGGCUCUGAAGAUGGGCAGAAAGACAAUACUGGGAGGAAGCGACGCUGCAAGCGUGGAGAGAAAGCACCUUUGGGAACCCUUGAGAGAGGCAAAGCUUUGGGAAAGCGAGCAAGGCUCCUGCUGCGACAGCGGGCACAAAAGACAGAGCGCACUCACUCCUGCCCAGAAUGUGGUAAAAACUUUGUAAACAAGAGGACUCUUCGUACCCAUCAGCGGGUCCACACAGAUGAGCGAUCCUAUAUCUGCAACGUAUGUGGGAAAAGUUUCCGAAGACAUACCUCCCUUCUCAUCCAUGAGCGUAUUCACACCGGCGAACGCCCAUAUCAAUGUGCGCAGUGUGGCAAGAGCUUUGUGCAGCGGCAGCACCUGACCACACAUCUGAAGACGCAUACGGGCGAGAAGCCUUUCCAGUGCUCUGUAUGUGGGAAAGGUUAUCGCUGGAGGUCAGAGCUUGUCAAACACCAGAAGGUGCACGAAGAGGAGAGUGUCUUGGACGGAGUGGAUGCCAUGUGUAAAUCUGAAACGGUGAAUUUUCUGGAUGAUGACUGGAGAGCAAUUAAUGGUGAUCCUGCGCAGCAAGGCGUGGGAGCCGAUUCCAGUGGGGAUGGAAGCUCUGCAGACAAAGGGAUGAACGAGGGGUCCGUGCGCUCAGUGCAGGAACGGCUCUUUCCUUGUACUCAGUGUGAGAAGAGCUUUCUGCGCAGCUCCGAUCUUGUCAGACACCAAAGGAGCCAUCUUGGAGAGCGGCCAUAUGUGUGCAAUCAGUGUGGCAAGUGCUUCCGGCGCAACACAUCGCUAAUCAUUCAUGAACGCAUCCACACUGGGGAGCGGCCCUACCAGUGUGCUCAGUGCGGCAAAAACUUUGUGCAGCGUCAGCAUCUCACCACCCAUCUAAAGACACACACGGGGGAAAAACCAUUUCCCUGCAACAUCUGUGGAAAGAGUUACCGCUGGAGGUCCGAACUGGUUAAACAUCAGAGGGUGCACAGUGGAGAGACCCCUGUCACAUUUGAUGAUGUAGCUGUGUGUUUCUCAGAGGAGUGGAAGGAUUUGGAGGAAUGGCAAAAGGAGCUGUACCGGAACAUGAUGAAAGAGAACACAGAUUCACUCAUGUCUUUGGCAGGGGAAGCUUGGAUCAAUAAGAACGGGAAGGAAAUGCAGUCUGGAAGGAAUACUGAAGAUUUGGGGACAUGUUCAGACUCUAAAGACAUUGCUCUGGGUUCAAGACCAGUGAUGAAUCAUGUUGCUCAGUCAGUGCAGGACUUCUCUGGCAAUCCCCUCCGGGGUGAGGAGCCUCACACUUCUGCAGAUGUUCUCAGAGGUUUUCGGACCAGCUUGCCCUUCCUGGACCAGCGGCGAGCACCCCGUGAAAAGCUUUUUGCCUGCACAGAAUGUGAAAAGCGUUUUGCUCGUAGCUCAGAUCUGCUAAAGCAUCAAAGAAGCCACCAAGCAGGGGAAAAGCCAAACCUGUGCAACGAAUGUGGAAAAAUAUUCCGAAGACGCACGGCCCUCAUUAUCCACAAGCGCAUUCACACGGGUGAGCGGCCAUACAAGUGCAAACAGUGUGGCAAGAGUUUUGUGCAGCGGCAGCAUCUCACCACUCACGUCAAGACUCAUACUGGUGAGAGACCCUACCCUUGCAUUGAGUGUGGUAAGAGCUAUCGCUGGAGGUCUGAGCUGCUAAAGCACCAGAAGGUCCAUGGAGAUUUGCUGGCUCCAUCUGCAGAGUACACACAGGGUUGAGACUAUUUUUCGACACGAGCUAUAUAUGCUCACAAUAAUGCAAGAUGGAGACCGUGUAUAUGGGAAUGCAGUGGAUCCAAAACUUUUCCCAGCGUUUCUAACUGGCACUUGCUGCGUUAUAUUGGGGGGGCAGGCCAAGGACUGAGUGCAAGUCACCUCUCAGACCAAGUCAGUAUCAGAAUAAGCCACAGUGAUCGACACGGGAACUUAACUCCGAGGCAGAAUACUUGCUGCUGACUUCUUAAAUUCCGUUUUCUGUGGAAAGGUUUUCCAAGGCUGUGACUUUAAAUCGAUCUAUCAAAAAUGUUUCUCCAAGAUUCUGAUAAUUCCAUCUGGCAUGUGAGAUCCAUGAGUUGACAGCCGAUUACAUGCCGUAAUCUAAGUGUAUUCUGCAGCUGAUGGAACUAGGUGUUCCACUUAUAUGGUGCAAUACUGGGUCAAAGUACAAAGACCCAAUCCCUCUGCCAAACAUCACACCAGCCUUGAGUGUGUUAAUCCCUGUGGAUUGUUUGUUUAAUUCCUUGGAGCUACACUGAUUUUAUUUUGUGUUUGUGUUUGCAUGCACACUUACACACAACAGUUUGGGCGCCACACACUCUGCUUCUCUCAUCGUCUAUGUCUCUCCCAACCCUUUACACUCUGUGACUCUUGGCUAUGUAGGAUACAUUCUGCCAUCUAAGAUUGGCGCUGUGCGGCUUGGCCUACAUUGCCUCUGGGUGGUACAUUCCAAACUGACACUGGGCACCAGGGUCUUAUAAACACUGGUUUGUGCCUAGUGCACGGUCAGUUGGUUUUAUCUUGCAGCUUAAGUUACGGAAGAGUUUGCACCAAGUCACAAGCAGUGGAUAGUUUGUGUAAACAAUUAUUUUAUCACAAAUCUCACCAAAUCCUAUCAGAUUUCAGCAAGGAGUGCCUGAGUGCAAAUUCCGUUUUUAACAGUGUUAGCGCAGAGUGCCGGAUCAGCACUUGCAAACAUACCUUUUAAGUUAUGUUGCUAUAAAACAUCUUUCACAUGUAUCUGUCUCAGAAACCAGUUCGGCAGCAGUCAGUGAUGCUUCUGGAUGUUGGCUAAAUGUCCCGGUGGUGUAACUCUUCCAAUUCAGUGUCUCACGUUGGAGGUUCUUAUUCAGUCUCCAUGGAGUUAUCCCACAUUGAAUGAAACCCUCCAAACAUCACAGACCCCAAUUCUUUUAAUUUCUAUUGCACAUUUUACCUUUCCCCAAGAUCUGAAUGACUAAACUGAUGAGAUUUAUUAACAACAAAUAAAGUUCCAACUAAUGAACCACAGAUUUAUAUGGAAAUUCCUGUUACACCUCAUGCUCGGCAAGCGCUGGGCAAUAUGGCAGCCAUUUUAAAGUAACUCCAUUUUAAAGAGCAGUAAUGCUAAUGUGUUUGUUUGUGUGACUGUGUUUGCUCUGUAAUAUUAUUGAACUUGUGUUGAGCUGCGUUUCAUUUCUGCACAUUCGGUUUGUUUUUUAAAACAUUUUAUUGGUUGUCAUGUUGUCCCUUCCAGAACUUAAAAAAACAAUUGUUGUUGAUUGUCUCUUUGCUUUGUAAUUUUUUAAGGGAGACAAAACAAUGUCAGCCUCUAAAUUAGCCCAGCUACCUAAAAAUAAAUAUACUGUAUCAACA